UCGCCUGAAACAGUUGCGACAGCAACGUCGAAUUGUGACGACGGACCGUCCACAGCGUCCUAGUUCCCCACCAAAGGAUACAAACAAAGAGCCUGCGCAUAAAAAAAUAAACACUACAAGCAAAUAAAUAAGAUAGCAAACAAUAACCAAAAAACCCAAGAACAAAAUGCUUGCCUAGCAAAAGAAACUUAAACAUUGCGCAUACGCCGCAUAGUGCAAACAAUUAACUGUGAUACAAGUUGAAUUUUCUUGAUAUUCGUUGGUCCUCGCACCAAAGCAACCUACAUCUACCUAACUUAUUAGUGCUAUUCCCAAAAACCAGAAGCCGAAACAGAAGCAAAAUGUCGGUCCCAAUGCUGCUGACCCCCUUGGAGCCCCAAAGUCCGGAUGAUCAUAUGCAAAAUUGUGCCGCCCUAGUGGAUGGAGCCUCCAUCAACUAUGGAACCGGAAACGAGCUGGAGCCGCAACCAGGAUCCUCCGCCGCCUGUAAGCCCACUCUGCGGGAGUUCAAUGUGCGACUGGAGGCUCCUUUGGCCGCCGACGAGCGCCUGGGACUCACCGGCGAUGUGAAGGCCCUCGGCGAGUGGCAGUUGUCCAGGAGUGUGGCCCUCGAAUCGCUCGACGAUCUCAACUGGCAGGCCACCGUGCCCAUGCAAUCCUGUCGCCAGCUGGAGUACCGCUUCUUCGUCUACGUGGAGGAUCUAUCUGGCUACAAGCAGAUUCGUCGAUGGGAGACCCACUUCAAGCCCAGGUCCCUGGGACCCUGCUCGGAGCUGCAGUGCAGCCAGUUGGACGUUUUCGGGAUUACCUCCGACAAUUCCGAUCUGAAACCGCAGGUGCAUCGUGGCUGGCUCAACAAUGAGGUCAUCCUGCAGCUCAAGUUCAAUGGGGAGAAGAUGUUCCAAGUUCACGACAUCGAGACCUUUGACCCCCAGCACGUCCAGCUAAAGAUUGUGCCCGUGGAGCAGACCGCUGGCCUCCAUGUGGAGUACACCAAGCAGGAGUACGGCAAGAGUAAGCUGGAGCAGCAGCCCACCUUCGGAGUGCCCUACACCAAGAACGACAUUGUGAUCUUUCACAUCACGCUGCCGCUGGAGAAGAUGAUGCAGCAGCACUUCCGCCUGGAGUGCUAUAGCAUGUCCAACGAACUCCUGGGCAGCGCCAAUCUGGUCAGUUCGGAUUUGACUGGCAGCGAGGGAUUGCUGCACCUGCCCAUCAAGUCGGCCAAGGAUGCGGAUGAGACCCUGGCCAGGUUGAGGUUGCCCUAUGUUUCGGUGCAGCCCUAUCGCUACUCGCCGCUGGACUUCAAGAACACCUUUGCUCACUACUGGCCCAAGAGCUGGCCCAAUCUGGAUGUGGGACAUCGUGGCAAUGGCAAGAGUUACAUUGCAAAUGCUCCUCCGGAAAGGGAGAACACUAUCGCCUCUUUUCUGAGUGCCCACGAACACCACGCAGACAUGAUCGAGUUGGAUGUCCACUUGACUGCUGAUGGUGUGCCCGUGAUUUAUCACGAUUUUGGACUGCGAACUGCUCCGCCUGGCAAGCAGAUCAGCCGACCGGAACAACUGGAAUACGUGCUGAUCAAGGACAUCAACUACAGUCUGCUGAAGAGGCUGCGCAUCUUCUCUGUGAUCGCCGGCCAGGUGGUGGAGUAUCCCUCGCACAACGCCGAACCGAGGACCGAACAUCGCAUAUUCCCCACACUGGUGGAGGUGCUCGAACAGCUGCCCAAAUCUCUGGGCAUCGACGUGGAGAUCAAGUGGCCACAGCGUCGCCAAGGAGGAGGAUCAGAAGCUGAGCAAACCAUCGACAAGAAUUUCUUUGCCGACAAGGUGCUCCAUCAGGUGAUCGAAAAGGGCUGUGGCAGACCCAUAAUCUUCUCCAGCUUCGAUGCCGACAUGUGUACGAUGCUGCGGUUCAAGCAGAACAUUUUCCCGGUGAUGUUCCUCACCCAGGGCGAGACCAAAAAGUGGCAGCCGUUCCAGGAUCUGCGAACGCGUACCUUCAUGGCUGCCGUGAACAAUGCUCAAGCUUUCGAGUUGGCCGGCACAGCUCCACAUGCCGAGGAUUUCCUGGGCGAUAAUGCCCCUGAGAUGCUGCAAAAAGCCAAGGAUCUGGGCCAAAUAGCCGUGAUCUGGGGCGACGAUUGCAACUCCAAGGAGCGCGUGCAGUAUUUCACCCGGAUCGGGGCCACCGCCACAUGCUACGAUCGCAGCGAUCUCUUCAUGCCGCAGGGCAAACAGGAAGCCUUCUUCAAAUCACCCGCGCUGAUGGCCGAGUUCGCGGCUCAAUGCCGGAUCUAAAAGAAAUAGGGUUACUAAAGUGAAACGGGCGGGUAAAUCUAAGCAAUGGUUAAUCAUUAGGCUUUUAAAGUUAGCUUGUAUAUUUGUUUAAACACUAACUGGGAAAGAGAAAUGUGAGAAGCUUUAAAGUGGUUGGGUAAUUUGCAGUUUCUCGUUGCCCAACGGAAACAGCGAAAUAGAAAACCCAUAAAUAAAUCAUCUCUAUGCACGUUAAGCCGUCAUUUGGCAUAAUUACACAUGCAAAAAAGGAAUUCCCCCAAAAAUUAAGUAGCACCACAAAAGACAAUGGGAAGAAAGCGAAGCGAAGAGCCGAGAAUUAAAAGAGCACAUACACCUAUGUACACUACCUGCUAAAAAUCGAUCUAUACCUCUAUGCAAAACAUGCAAACAAAAACAAAAAUGAGAAAUUGCUAAUUAGCUUUUGUUAAUUAAAUCUUAAGUACAGAAUAACUAUUCAAAACUAAAAGGGGAAUAUAUAUGUAUUGAUGUAAUAUCAACAGAUGUUUUUGUGACUUGUGCAAAUAACUAUUUUAUAUAAAUUAGAGAAAUAUUUUAUAUAA